AUGCGACAUUUGUCUUGCCCAAAGGUGGAUGCCCGGGUUGUCGUCGAGGCGGCGGGCUGCAUGCUCUCGUCGAAGGUCUUCUUCUCAGCAGCCGAGGAGGACAGUUCUGAGAUAUGCCAGUGGAGGCGGGAGCGAGACCCCCCUAUCAUUGACUCGUUCUCGGAGUUAGCGGCACAAGCAGCUGCGCGCAGUGGCCAUCUGGCAAUUGUCCGGUGGCUGCUGCAACAGGAGCGUAGUCCAUACAAGCGAAUGAGUGCUGUUGCCCGAGCCUGGUUGGAGGCCUGCUAUGCCGGCCAUCAGGCUGUGUGUGAAGGGCUCCUGGAGGACGGCGUUCCGAGGGACCCCGGGAUGUGUCUUGCUGCCGCCGCCCGCGGUGGCCAUGUGGGCCUCACACACUGGCUCCUACAGCAGUUUGAGCCAGCAGAAGGCACAGAGUCAAGCUUCGAAAUGCUGUGGAAGGCUGAUGUAAUCGCGGGAGCUGCGUACAGCUUCGACCUGGCGGCGUUGCAGCAGCUGCACCGGACCCUCCUGCAGUACGAUGACGGCGACGACGUCCUACUGACUGGCGACGUCCUUAUUAAGGCCCUGUCGAGCCCCACCCCCGACUGGCGGGCCAAAGUGGAGUGGCUGCAGGCUCAGGGCUGCCGGCUCAGCGGUGUUGAGGGUCUGAACUGGGAGGCCGUUGCCAGCCGUUCAGACGCUGUGGAUCGGGUACAGGUGGUGCUGCUCAUGGGGGAUGAGGUAGAGGCGGCCGUACCAGACAUCCUCAACGCCGCCGUCUGUGCUGGCAACCUGCCCCUGGUGCGCUACCUGCGAGCAGAGAGGGACUGGGUACUAGAAUGCGAAGAUGAUGCAAUAGAUGGAGCAGCCCGUGUCGGCAACAUGGCCAUCCUGGUCGAAAUGUUGGCCUUGGGCUGGGUGCUUGAUGGGUCAACUGCAUUGGCAGCAGCGAUGGGCGGUCAGCUGCACAUCCUUGAAUGGUUGGAGGGGCCGGAGGCGGCUCAGGCUGGUGGUGGAGAGGCCAUCGAGGAUGCCAUGGGCUGGGGCUGGGAACUGUUGGACUGCGCAAUAUCGUCUGACAGCGUGGAGGUCAUGGAAUGGCUGCUACGUCAGCGAGACUUGCCCUGGAGCGGGAGGGAGAUUUUUAAAGCAGCGGCGGCACGAGGCAGUCCAGCAUUGUUGGAGUGGCUUGCGGCCCGGGGCUUCUCCAUGGGUGUCGCCGUCAAGGCGGCGGGCUGCAUGCUCUCAUCGGAUGUCUUCUACGCAGCAGCCGAGGCCGGCAAUCUUGAGAUGUACCAGUGGCUGCAGCAGCCAGAUCGCUAUUUCACUUACCCGUUCUCGGAGCUAGCGGCACAAGCAGCCGCGCGCAGUGGCCAUCUGGUAAUGGUUCGCUGGCUGCUGCAACAGGAGCGUAACCGUCGCUCCCGCGAGAGAGCUGGUUCCCGAUCCUUUGAAGUGGCCUGCUAUGCCGGCCAUCAGGCUGUGUGUGAAGGGCUCCUGGAGGACGAUGUUCAGAGGGAUCCCGGGAUGUGUCUUGCUGCCGCCGCCCGCGGUGGCCAUGUGGGCCUCACACACUGGCUCCUACAGCAGUUUGAACCAGCAGAAGGCCCAGAGUCACUGUUUACAAAGCGGUUGAAGGACGACCUCAUCGAGGGGGCUGCAUACGGCUUCGACCUGGCGGCAUUGCAGCAGGUGCACCAGAUCCUUCUGCAGUACGACGAUGGUGACGACGUCCUACUGACUGUCAACACCCUUCCAGAGGCCCUGUCGAGCCCCACCCCCGACUGGCGGGCCAAAGUGGAGUGGCUGCAGGCUCACGGCUGCCGGCUCAGCGGUGACGAGUACAUGGACUGGAGGGCCAUUGCCAGCCGUUCAGACGCUGUGGAUCGGGUAGAGCUGCUGCUGCCCGCCUUUGACCAAAAUGAGGUCGUACCAGAGAUCCUCCGGGAUGCUGCACAUGCUGCCAACCUGCCCUUGGUGCGCUACCUGCGAGCAUUGAGAGGGAUGGACUGGCUGCCAGGGCAUACGGGGGACGCAACAGAAGAAGCAGCCCGCGUCGGCAACAUGACGCUGCUGGUCGAGAUGGUGACGUUGGGCUGGCAGCUUGAUGACCAAGCUGUAAUGGCAGCAGCGGCGGGCGGUCAGCUGCACAUCCUUGAAUGGUUGGAGGGGCCGGAGGCGGCUCAGGCUGGUAGUCGAGAGGCCAUCCAGGCCGCCAUAGACUGGGGCUGGGAACAUGUGGGCGGCGCAAUAUCGUCUGACAGCGUGGAGGUCAUGGAAUGGCUGCUACGUCAGCGAGACUUGCCCUGGAGCGGGAGGGAGAUGUUCAAAGCAGCGGCGGCACGAGGCAGUCCAGCAUUGUUGGAGUGGCUUGCGGCCCGGGGCUUCUCCAUGGGUGACGAUGGUGAGCCCUACGUAACGGCGGCAAACCACCACGACCUGGUCACUCUGCGCUGUCUGAGGCGGCUGGGCUGGCCCUGGGGUCCCGACGUCUUCAGCCAAGCGGUGUACGACAAGAACAGCGGCAGUACCCUAGAGAUCCUCCAGUGGCUGCACGCCGAGGGCUGCCCGGUGGACUGGGAGGCGGCCAGGAGCCGGGCCAAGACCCGAAGACUUCAAUGUGGGAGGGGUGAAGAAGCUGUUGCGAUUGAAGACUGGAUUGAGAGCAUAGCGCCGAAAUGA